AUGCAAGCGGCUACACACGAGAGUGCCAAUCCACCGAAGAAAAAAAAGAGAACGAUAGGUGCAUUCAAGUGUCCAGAUUGCUCAAAGGUAUUUACGAGAUCAGACCAUUUGGCUAGACAUCAUUUGAAUCAUAAGCCCAAACAGGUCUUUGAAUGUAGCUUCUUAAUCGACGAAUUUGGUUCCAGACGAAAAUGUGGUAAAACAUUUGUCAGGAAAGAUCUUAGGGACCGUCAUAUAAAGAGGCAUUUUGAAAAUAAAGUAAAGGACCAUAAAGGAAGUGAUCUUGGUAGGAAUGGGUCCUCUGAAGUUUCUUCACUUCCUUUGUUAGAUGAGUCGCCCACUGGAUUAAUUAAUCAUACUGGAAUUCAAGGUGGGCCAAUACUUGACAAUCAUAAUGCUACAAUACAUAAACUCAAUAAUUUGGAUUCUAUCAUAAGUCCCCAGUAUACAGAUACCAGUAGUAUUCCAAGGUACUCAGUUCCAAAUGAAGGAUUGCCCCCUUUGUCUUCUUCGUCUUUGCAUCAACUUGGCACUAAAUCCACAUAUCAUAAUGGUCUUCAAAAUCAAGGUGAUGUCCUAUCUUGGCUAUUUUCAGAGUCCCCCUCGAAUCGUUUACGCAACUUCCAUGUGGAAGAAGCAAAUGAUGGAAAAACAUUACAUAACCUGUUUAAUGCAGACAAUAAUUCAGAUAUGGCUGAGGAUUUCCCCAACGGAAUACAAAUGAUGAGCGAAAAGGAAUCCAUAUCUACCUCAACUUCGGAAGGAAGUAAGCGAGACUUUUUGGGUGACAAUUCUAGAUCGUUGACUCCUUUUCACUAUUUUGCUAAUUCAAAUUCUUUUCAGAUGAUGAAUGAUUUACAAGAAAAAAAUAUUUUCCUGAACGAGAGUAACCCUCUAGAUGAAGUUUUCUUUCGUUCUUAUCAAUCUAACUUAAGCGAUCCUUUCGCUAUUCUGGAUCCUUACUUCAAGUCCACUGCUGGUGCUAAUGGUGUAAUGUCCACCAUUUCUUCAAUAUCACCAACAAAUACAAACGACUUAAGUCCUCAUGAUAGCAUUUCUGAGUUCCUGCCAAAGGAUCAGAUAUUGAAUAAGGAUCAAAUAGCACUUCAUGGUGAAAAAAUGAACAACCCUACUAAUCGGCACAUUUUUGUUAAUAGUGCGCUAGUCGACACAUUGGCUAAUUCCUUACCAACUAUGACUAGACAAAACAUGUCAAAAAUUUUUGAAGAAGAUGAAUGCGAUGUAUCACUCGAAGAUAGAUUCUCAUUUUAUUUGUGGGCUUAUUGGUCAAUUUUUCAUCCACAGUUUACAAUUUUACAUAAACCGUCAUUUAAUACUAAAAGUGCCGAGCCGUUACUUCUACUUUCAAUAAUUCUAAUUGGUAGUAAUUACACACCUUCUAAAGAAAGGCUCGAAGGUAUUUCACCCGAAUAUGAGUUCGGUUUACGAAUUGCUGAUCCUUUGAGAUAUAUGAUUUUCCAACAUAAUGAUUUCAAGUCACCAGUAAAGUUGUGGGUACUUCAAAGUUUAAACUUAUUAGAGUGGUCUGAAAAAAACUUUCUUCUGAGACAGAUGCACGAGAGGGCACAUAUACAUCACGGUACAACAGUUCAGUUGUUAAAAAGAUCUCCACUCUUAGGUGGAAAUCCCGCUAACAUAUCGAAGCCUCAUUCUUCUACUCCAACAGGUGCUAGUGCAGAUGGGGAAGAUGAAAGCAGCUCAUCUGACCUGUCUAAUAUGGGUGACCAUGACACUUCUGACUUUGAUUUGUUUAAUAGGUGGGUAGAAUCUGAAUCUUUAAAGAGAAUCACAUUUAUGACAUUUUACUUGGAUAUUAUUGAUUACAUAAAAUUCAGACAUGCUCCUCAAAUUAUGUUCCAUCAACUACAACUUUUUAGUCUACCUUGUGACGAUGAAAAUUUGUGGGAGUCUUCAGAUGUCAAUGGAUCCUUCAAAAAGAUCGUGAAAAGACAACGCAAAAUUCAGCAACGUUGGAAGCAUAUACGUCACGAGGAUUUUUUUAAUCUUCAUUAUGGUGAAGGUUUUUUGAAUGUAUUGAAAAAACUAAUCAGAGCUCAUAAAUCCAUCGACUCAAUAUCACAAUGGAAACUUUCUUCGUUUGCAAAGAAGAUAUUAUUCGGAGGGUUGAUUUCCAUUAUGUAUCAAAUGAAUCAGGCAGAAUUGCAAAAUAAUUUUCAGCUAUUAUCAAUCGGUAAAUCUAGAAAACUGCUUAGCUCUAAAAUAUGGAAAGAAUCUCUAGCUAAGGCUAUGGAUAAUUGGUAUAUAGUGGAGGGUAGUGAAAUGGCCGAUUCGAAGGUCAGAAAGUCUCUUCGAAUCUUGAAGCCCGGGAUCAUCCCGGGUUGCCACUUUUCUAUCUACCAUUUGACACAAAUAAUCGGUAUAUCGGAUAUAAAUCACUAUGAUAUAGCUAUAUUCGGUGGAUCACCUGCAAAUAUGAGCGUCGCCGCAAGCGAGAAAGAUCUUCAAAUUGUUCAAAGAAAGUUGAGCAAAAUCUGGAAAGGAAAGGGAGGUUCAGAAAAUCUGGAAUUGAGCAAGCAAAUAAACUUCAAAGCCGUUGUUCAUUGCUAUUUACUUUUAUGGGAAGCAAUGCUUUUGCCCUUCUACGAUACCAAAAACACCUCGGAUUCCUUUAUAAAUUGGACAGCUUCAACUGAUGCAAAUGACUCCAUGUACGCGAUUAGUAUUGCGACUUUAGUCCUUUGGAGUUACGUUUUCAUCACUUGUGGAUUAGAGAGCAAUAGAUUUAACGAGACUGAGAUAAUCCCUCCUGAAGGUUCCUAUUCUAAACUAGUCAAGCUCAGUGCCGAAGGUGGAUACGAAUAUCUUCAAAGGAUUCGGUCUGAGUUCCUUCAAUUCUUUCCUAAAGAUGACAUACUUCGUAAAUCAAUUGAAAAUCCCUCGCAUUUAAGAGGACGGAACGAUAAUUUUUCAUUCAUGUGUCAAUACUGUGAUGUCUUAUCCAGGAUAAAACACAAAGAGAAUAUCAGUGGAUUGUGUUUCUUGAUCGGCUCGAAGUUGUUAAAUAGUCAAUGGGAAGUCAUUAGGGAGAAUGCCAAGCUUAUAUUGAAUUGCGGUUUUAGGUCAUUAGGGAGAAGUGAGGUUAUUUGUACCAAUUUAUUCGAAGACCGCUGA